AUGAUGUCUUUCAAGCAGUUCAAGCAAGAGGCCAACUGGUUCAUGGUCUACUACCUCUCGAUCGUCCACGUCGGCGCUCUCGAAGGCGUCCGCCGCCUCUUCCUCUGCAAGUGGGAGACGUUCCCGCUCUUGGUCGUGCUCUACUACCUCACGGGCCUCGGCAUCACCAUGGGCGCGCACCGCCUCUGGGCCCACCGGAGCUACAAGGCGCACAGCAGUCUGCGCUUCGCCCUCAUGCUGUGCAACUGCAUGGCCAACCAGGGCACGAUCUUCCACUGGAGCCGCGACCACCGCGUGCACCACAAGUACUCGGACACGGGCGCGGACCCGCACGACUCGAACCGCGGCUUCUUCUUCUCGCACAUGGGCUGGCUCCUCGUCCAGAAGGACGCGCGGGUGCGCGAAGCCGGCACGAAGCUCAACUACACCGACCUCUGGGCCGACUGGACCGUCGUCAUGCAGGAGAAGCUCAACCCGUACGGCAACCUCUUCAUGUGCUUUGGGCUGCCCACGCUCCUGGGCGUCCACGUCGUCGGAGAAGACUGGCGUCACGCGCUCUUUGUCCUGGGCUUCCUCCGCUACGUCCUCGUGCUGCACGCGACGUGGCUCGUGAACAGCGCCGCGCACUUUUACGGCGCGCAGCCGUACGACGCGAGGCCCCCGCGCGAGAACGGCUUCGUCUCGUUCUGGGCCAUGGGCGAAGGCUGGCACAACUGGCACCACAAGUUCCCGUACGACUACGCGACGAGCGAGUUCGGUGUCACGGCGCAGUUCAACCCGACGAAGCUCACGAUCGACUUGAUGGCGGCGCUCGGGCUCGUCUCGGAUCGCAAGCGCGCGACGGACAUUUGGACCAAGAUCCAGCACUCGAAGGCCCAGGGGGACAAGGUCGUCCACCAGGACCCGGACGGAGACGACGUGGCGCAGGCGUUUUCGGAACUUAAGGCCAAGGCCAAUUAA